GGCCCGGCGCGGGAGGCGGAAGUGCCGCGGGCCGCCGCCUCCGUCCCGGCUGCUGCCCCCGCCGGUUACAUAACUCGUUUCGGGCCCCGCGCGGCCCCUCUUCCCGGCUCCCGGCCGCCCCAGGAUGCGCUGAGCUCCACGGCACCCUCCGCUGCCGCCGGCUCCCGCCCGAGGUGUGAAUGACAGAGGUGGUGCCGUCCAGCGCCCUCAGCGAGGUCAGCCUGCGUCUGCUGUGCCAUGAUGACUUAGACACGGUGAAGCACCUGUGUGGAGACUGGUUCCCCAUCGAGUACCCAGAUUCAUGGUAUCGGGACAUCACCUCCAACAAGAAGUUCUUCUCCCUCGCUGCCACGUACCGGGGUGCCAUCGUGGGAAUGAUAGUGGCUGAAAUCAAGAAUCGGACCAAGAUACAUAAAGAGGAUGGAGAUAUUCUAGCCUCCAAUUUCUCUGUGGACACCCAAGUUGCGUACAUUCUCAGCCUGGGCGUGGUGAAGGAGUUCCGGAAGCAUGGCAUUGGUUCCCUGUUACUUGAGAGCCUGAAGGACCACAUCUCCAGCACGGCCCAGGACCACUGCAAAGCCAUCUACCUGCACGUGCUCACCACCAACAACACGGCGAUCACCUUCUACGAGAACAGGGACUUCAAGCAGCACCACUACCUGCCCUACUACUACUCCAUCCGGGGGGUGCUCAAGGAUGGCUUCACCUAUGUCCUCUACAUCAACGGCGGCCACCCUCCCUGGACGAUCUUAGACUAUAUCCAGCACCUGGGCUCAGCGCUGGCCAACCUGAGCCCCUGCUCCAUCCCGCACCGGCUCUACCGGCAGGCGCACAGCCUGCUCUGCAGCUUCCUGCCAUGGUCCAGCAUCUCCUCCAAGGGUGGCCUCGAGUACAGCCGGACCAUGUGAGGCCGGCUGGGCAGCCUCCGCGGGGCCCCACGCCUGCCUGCCCUGCCAUCUGACACAGGCGUGGGUGGCCACCGGCCCAGUGUUCUCCGGGCCCGGGGGCAGCACAUGGUGGGGUGCGCCCGGUCCCCAACAGGCUCCUCGGCCCUCUGGGAACCGCCGCUGCCCAAGCCUUCUCGCCUCUGCGUGCACUGAGCCAAAGGGCAGGAGGGUUCUGCUCACCAGCCCUCCACUGCAGGGCCAUCCCUUCCAACACCUUCCUCCCAGCACUUGCUGGGAAUAAGUAUCCUGGACACCAGUGACGCUGACAGCGCCUCAGAACCAGGGACCACAUAGAGGACAGAGUGCGCAGACACCUGGUGGACCUGGUCGCUUGGGCUCAGCACCCGGACAAGGACAGGGGUCCUGCUUGCUGCCUAGUGCAACUCUGGUUGGGGGUCAUGGCAGGUCCUGUGCCACAGAGCUGCCCCAGGAACCAGACUGAGAGGUGCCUCAGGGGGCACCCAGCUCCCCAUGGAAAUAGGAGGAAGCCUGGGAGCUGUUGGCCUCGGGCCGGGGACAGUCCUGCGCCUGUGUCCCUCCACUUCCAGAGACACAUGAGAGGCGAUGCACUCGCUCUUGCUCCCCUGUACCCCGCACCCCAACGGUUUGCUGUCUGCUGUCCUGGGUGGUGGGGGCCAGGGCUACAGUCCCGGGGUCACAGUUCUCACGCCAGACUGAGGGGCAGAGACAGGCACAGCUGGGCAUCAUGACAGAGUCCUUCCCUUGUCCCCACCUCCUGGCCACGCGUGAAGGUGAGCUGCCCUGGGCCCUGACCUCAGCUUCGUGUUGGGACCAGGCUGGUGGCUGCUAAUCCCAAUCAAUGGUGAUCAUGUGAUUUUUCUUCUACCCCAAGGGAAGUGUCUUCUAGAGGGUUCUGCCUUGGACAUUGGUAAUUGAGCUCACAGGCCUAGCCCUGCCCCGCUCCCUCAUCCCUGCGCCCCACUCUGUCACUGUGCCCAGCCUAGAGUUGAAUGGAUCAUAGCAUCUGGUCUAACAAAU